GGCAGAGAAGGAAAGACCUGCCCUCCCUCUCCCGCGCGGGGCACAGGUCUGGGAGGCUGGCGGGCGUAUACACAACAGCGCCUGCGCACCAAGGCACGAGACAAAAGGGUGACGAACUUUCGUCACCGAGCUUCGCCCAGCGGGCGGUGCCCGAAAUGCAGCAACCGCGGCUGGCACGGGGACGCGAUUUCGAUCCGGGGAGUCAAGGACACCGCGCGCCGGAGCCCAGCUUUCGCGCCUGACGAGAGGCAAGCGCGCAGCCGCCGCAGGGUCGGCCGCCCGCGGGGCCCGGACGCGAGCGCGCGGGCAGGCGCGUUGGCGUUUGUGCGCACGCGCCCUCAGACGCGCGAGCGCGCGCGGCGCCUGGGAAGGUGAAGAAGGAAGCGGAGGGGAAGGGGUGGGGUUGAACCGGGCCUCGCGCAUGCGCGCUCCGCGCACACCAUUUGGCGGGUUUUCCUUGAUUGCUCGCUUUUGCUCCAGUCCUCGAGAUGCUCCGCCGUAGCUUUUAGGAAGCAGGACGUUCUCUCCAGAAGAGCGAGUUAACGAGAUUUCUGCUUCCUCCCUUCGGGUGUUUGGGGCUUCUCCCAAUUAAAAUAAGGCGCUCCUCCGUGACUGACGCCUGGGACCUUCUGACCGCCUGAGGGCUCGGGCUGUUUGGCCCCCUUCCGUCUCGGUCUCCCGAAGGGUGAAAGGAUCAGGGGAAGCUCGUCCUGCCCCUCGAUCUCCACGCCGCGGGUUCCUUAGACUCCGGUCCGAGCUCGGUGGGCCGGACCCCCGGCCGCCCCCUGGGUCACCAUGAGCGUGUCGGCCCAGCGCCUGGUGGAGGAGUUGCAGAUCUUUGACGUGGAUUGCGAUGAGGCUCUGGCUGAGAAAUCCUCCUCUUUAAAUUGCUGCUGAUCCGUCGUUUCCCAUCAAAGCCGCUGGUGGUCUGUGCUAAUAUGCCUCCCUUGAGUGGUAGAGCUGUGCAUUCUGUAUGGACAGAAUGAAGAGAAAAUGGCCACUGAGCUUAUAGCCUUCUGCACCAGCACAGGUAACGUUCGCCUGACCGCAGAGAUCCUGAGCUCUUUUGAGCAUGAGUGUCUGAGCAAAAGAUUGCCCAAAGCCUCGCACAGAGCCUCCGGGGAUGGUGGGCACGCAGGAGCUAGAGACAUUGUUUCCAUACAAGAACUAAUUGAAGUGGAGGAAGAAGAAGAGACCCUCUUGAACUCUUACACCACACCCUCUAAGGGUUCUCAGAAGCGAGCUAUCACCACCCCAGAAACCCCCCUAACCAAAAGGACUGUGUCUACUCGGAGCCCCCAUCAGCUUCUCUCGCCGUCGAGUUUCUCUCCAAGUGCUGCUCCCUCUCAGAAGUACAACGCGAGAAGUAACCGCGGAGAAGUGGUUACCUCCUUUGGCUCAGCACAGGGAGGGUCUUGGUCUGGAAGAGGAGGGGCUGGCAAUAUCAGCCUGAAGGUCUUGGGGUGUCCAGAGGCACUAACCGGGAGCUACAAAUCAAUGUUUCAGAAGCUUCCAGAUAUUCGAGAAGUUCUGACCUGCAAGAUAGAAGAACUCGGCAGCGAACUUAAGGAACAUUACCAGAUUGAGGCUUUUACUUCCGUUCUGGUCCCAGCUCAAGAGCCUGUCACUCUGCUGGGCCAGAUUGGCUGUGAUACCAACGGGAAGCUGAACAGCAAAUCCGUGAUUCUUGAGGGAGACCGGGAACACUCCUCAGGGGCUCAAAUUCCAGUGGAUUUAUCUGAGCUCAAAGAAUACUCUCUGUUUCCCGGACAGGUUGUCAUUCUGGAAGGAAUCAACACCACGGGUGGAAAACUUAUUGCCACCAAACUCUACGAGGGUGUGCCGCUUCCAUUUUACCAGCCCCCCAAAGAGGAUGAAGAUUUUGAGCAAAACAUGGUCCUGGUGGCCUGCGGGCCAUACACGACCUCCGACAGCAUCACGUAUGACCCCCUGCUCGAUCUAAUUGCCAUCAUUAACCGCGACCGGCCAGAUGUCUGCAUCCUGUUGGGACCUUUCCUGGAUGCUAAGCAUGAGCAGGUUGAGAACUGUCUGCUGACAAGUCCAUUUGAAGAUGUCUUCAAGCAGUGUCUACGGACAAUUAUUGAAGGGACACGAAGCUCUGGCUCCCACCUCGUCUUUGUCCCAUCGCUGAGGGAUGUGCACCACGAGUCCGUGUACCCACAGCCACCCUUCAGCUACUCCGAUCUGCCUCGAGAAGACAUCAAGCGAGUGCGGUUCGUGUCUGAGCCCUGCAGCCUCUCCGUGAACGGAGUGGUCUUCGGCCUGACGUCCACGGAUCUGCUGUUCCACAUGGGAGCCGAGGAGAUCAGUAGUUCUUCCGGAACUUCAGACAGACUCAGCCGAAUCCUCAAGCACAUCCUGACCCAGAGGAGCUACUACCCGCUCUACCCUCCCCAGGAAGACAUGGCCAUUGACUAUGAGAAUUUCUACACCUACGCCCAGCUGCCUGUCACCCCAGACGUCUUCAUUAUCCCAUCAGAGCUGAAAUACUUCGUGAAGGAUGUCCUCGGCUGUGUCUGUGUGAACCCCGGGCGCCUCACCAAAGGGCAGGUGGGGGGCACCUUCGGCCGACUCCUCCUCAGGAGGCAGCGGGCUGAGGACGGGGAGGGGAGGCGGAGUCCGUGUGCGGCCGCCCAGGUGGUCAGGAUCUGAGGCCCCGGUGCUCCAUCAUCCCCCGUCAUGCGGCCUCGCGGACACGUGAGCCCAGGAGCGGCCUUCCCACGAGAGCCCAGGCGCGGAAAGGUAGAGGAAGCAGGCAGCGAGCGAGCUGGAGAAGAGGCUGCGGGGUCCAGGCCCGGCGGGCAAGGCCUCGUGCAGCUGGACCCUGACUCUGAGUUGAACUUCUUGGGAGGAAAGCUGCUGUUUCUUCAAGUGCACGCAGAGUCCAGAGAGAACCGGCCGUGGACGCGGCGUGCUCCGAAAACGCAAGAAGGCUUUUUGAUUUUUCUACUUGAUAUCAGACACGGAAACAACUUUUGGAGAAGUAAAAGUAAAUUCUGAGGAGAA